GUAAUAGAGCGAAGAACCAGAUUACCAUUUCACUCAAUAAAAAAUAAAUAGCUCACCUGCUUAAAACCAACGCAAACCAGAAUAAAAAAUCUGCCAGCUAGAAGAUGACAUGGCACGUAUUCCAACAAUUAUUAUUAAAUCUUAUGAUUCAGCUUCAUUUUUGUAUUAUUCAAAGGGCAAAUAAGAACAUAUGUAGAUGAAGAGGGAAAAUAAAAUACCAAAAAAAAAAAAAAAAAAAAGAAAAAAAAGAAAAGAGAAAAUGUAUGUUACAAGGCCUCUUUCUUUGUACAGAAGGUCUCCUGAGUCUCUGUUGUUGCCACCAGCGGAGGGUCCGAAUUCUGGUUAUCUUGUCAUCUUCGAUGAAGAAUCCAAGACUACAACUUGUUGUGGAUUGUGCACGGACAACUGGAUAAGGAGUCUCCCCUUUCCACAGAAUAAGGAUCUGAUGGUUUCAUAUUCCACAGGUGCUGGAAGUAGCAGAAGAACUUAUUAUGACCAUGUUGCUUUCAUUCCAGUUAUUAAUCAGCCACUUGCUUCUAAUCGUUACUAUGUGAUUCGUCGAAAAGGAAGGCAUAAAGGGAAAGCAUGCACAAAUUCAAAAAAAGAUGAUAUGAGAACUUGCUGUUGGUACCCUUAUAUCCAAGAUAUCAGACCAAGACCAUUGGAUCCAACAGACAUUGACCAGCAAAUGGAGAUAAUUCAAAAGAAGCAACGAGGAUAUACAGCUAACUCCAUUGCUCCAGACGGGUUUCCUCCUCUUUUCUUGAGAAGAAAAUAUUGGACGGUUUACAAGCGCGCAUCACGAAAUUACCAGUUAGAUGACGCUCCAGGCCUCAACUCUUCUCUUCGAGCCAAUCUUCCUGACUUCAACUUCUCGCUGUCGCGAGAAAGCUCUGAAGCCGUGGUAGUGGGGAAAUGGUAUUGUCCUUUCAUGUUUGUGCAUGAAAAAAUGAAGUUAAAGGACCAGAUGAAGAUGUCCAUGUUCUAUGAAAUGACGCUUGAGCAGAGAUGGAAUAAGAUCUAUGGAUGUGAUAAUACUGAGAAUGACCAAAACAAUGUGGUUUUUGUGGAUGUUUUUAUUGAGAAAGAGGAGGUUUGUGUUGGUGGAAAGAAAGCUGUUUGGGAGAAUAAAAACGGUAUGGGAAAUGGGGUGAUAUGGUUUAAGAGUAUUUGUGCUCGUAACGUGGUGGAAAAAGAAUUAAAAGUGGGCUUGCGCACGUUGAUUGUUGAGAGAAUGAAAUGGGAGCAAGAAAGAGUGGGGUUUGUUAAUGGUGGGAUUCAUGAAAAACAUAUUAUGAGGGUGGAGAGAAAAGAAGAGUUUGGAAGAAAAGGUGGGUGGAGUAAGUUUGGCUGCUAUUUGCUGGUGGAGAGGUUUGUGUUGAAAAGAAUUGAUGGAACCGUUGCGUUGACUUAUGAUUUCAAGCACACCCACCAUAUUAGAUCCAAGUGGGAAUGACCGACUACUGGUAUUUUUCUGUUACAUAUUAUAUUUUCAUUCCCAACCUAUCACCUCAUUAAAAAAAACUAUUUGAUGUAGCAGCAAAAUAUAAUAUAUAUUUUAUGUAUAUCAUUUAUAGUAAAAUAUUAUUUAUUAGUAUUUACGUA